AUGACUCCAAUCAUUGCCAAGGAGAAUUCGAUAGAAAUCAAUGUCCCCCUUUUUUUUUCUGUUAGCGUAGUAACUGAGGUCUCUUGCUUCUUUUCACUACUUACAUCUGUGACGAAAACGGCAACUGGGUCCAGUCUAUAUUUAAAGGGGCCCGUUAGCUCCUAUUACUGA